AAGGCCUAAACCUAAACCCCAUGGAUCGGGUCCUCCCUUUGCUCCUUCUGCAAUAGCUCCCUGGAUUUCCAGCUUUCCGAGAUUUUACCGAUGGCUAUCGCCUGUGCUCAUUGAUGGCAAAGUGGAAAUAACGCAAAAAGGAGGCUGAAAAGGAGGAAGAGAGGAAAGUUUCCAUUUUGAUGGGGUGCAUGAAUUGAGGCCUCACGGCUCACACCCUUCUCCUUCAUCCAAUUCCCACCCCCAAUCCCAGCCUCUGUUAUUGCUUCUUGCCCUAUUUGACCUCCGCUCCUCAUUUAUAUUCUCCCUUCUUCCAGCCUUCAUCCCCGCCCCCCCUCUCUCUCUCUCUGUCGCUAUUCCGUCCAAAGUUUUCAUCUUUGUAUCUGUUUCAUCCAAAGUUUACAUCUUGGCCUCUCCCUGCACCGUGGUGUUCGCUUUUCGACCCUCUCCGGGUUCUUUGGCCGUCCCCCGCAAGUUCUCCGACAAGCUUUGGUCGUCUUGGUAUGCUUUGACUUGUUGCGGGGUGGUAGAGGUUUGCUUCGAGACCAUGACGGUGGAGGAGAGGAAGGGGAGCAGAGACCAGUUCCCGGUGGGCAUGCGUGUUCUUGCGGUGGAUGAUGAUCCCAUCUGUCUCAAGUUGUUGGAGGCCCUGCUCGUCCGUUGCCAGUACAGUGUUACGACCACUGAUAAAGCAAUCACAGCACUGAAGCUGUUAAGAGAGAACAAAGACAAAUUUGAUCUGGUUAUCAGCGACGUUCACAUGCCGGAUAUGGAUGGCUUCAAGCUCUUAGAGCUCAUAGGCCUCGAGAUGGACCUGCCGGUUAUUAUGUUGUCUGCAAAUGGUGAAACCCAAACUGUGAUGAAGGGAAUCACUCAUGGUGCUUGUGACUACCUGCUGAAGCCUGUGCGGAUCGAGGAGCUGAGGAACAUAUGGCAGCAUGUCAUCAGGAGGAGGAAGUUUGAAAGAAGAUGCGACAAUGAUCCCGACAGUAGGGAAGAUGGUCAAAAGGCUCAUAUUGGAAGUUCUGAAGAUGGUCAGGGGGUCGCUGAUCAUAAUGGACAAAGUAACAAGAAGAGGAAGGAUCAGAUUGAAUUCGACGAAGACGAUAGUGAAGACAACAUGCAAGAGAACGAAGACCCAUCUACCCAGAAGAAGCCUAGGGUUGUUUGGACUGUUGAGCUGCACAGGAAAUUUGUUGCUGCUGUCAACCAACUGGGCAUCGACAAGGCUGUGCCUAAGAAAAUACUUGAUCUUAUGAAUGUUGAAAAGCUGACAAGGGAGAAUGUUGCAAGCCAUCUACAGAAGUACAGACUCUAUCUGAAAAGGCUCAGUGCAGUGGCAGGCCACCAAGCUAGCUUGGUUGCAGCUGUUGGAGGUAGAAACCCUUCCUAUCUUCAUAUGUCUUCUUUAAGUGGUCUCAGAAAUUACUCUACGCUGGGUGGAUCAAGACAACUGCCGACCCUCGGAUCUCUUCAACUGAAUGGGCUCGGUAGAAUAAAUGGUCCAUCGACACUUGGAAUGCAUGGCCUGCUGCCUUCUCAGACAGUUCAGCUUGUUGGUUUGCACAAAAAUGCAAGCAAUCCAUGUGACGAUAUAGGGAAGAUCCAAAGGAUCGCUUUACCUGGAAAUCAUCAAGUGAAUUUGCAUCAGGGGAUGCCCAGGAAUUCAGAGUUAGAGCAAUUUCAACAACCUUUGUUAAUGCAGGAAUCAAAAGACCAUUUGCCUGCGAGCUUAUAUGGCAGUGGGCUUGCAUCUGGUCCUUGCAGUGGUUCUUUUCCUAAUGUUCCUGACAACGCUCUGUUACUGCAAGAAAAUAAGCAGCGCAAUCAACCUGGAGGAUUAGGCAAACCUUCAUCAGUUAGAAUGUCUUCCUCAAGCUCAGAGCUUUAUAAGAUUGAUCUUCCAGAUGUUUCACAGUUUCCUAAUAUCACUGAUAGAUGCAAUGACUCAUGGCAGGGUGCUGUUGGAUCAACCGACUAUUCUGCCAAUACACUGCAUAUCUCUCUUAGUCAUAAUGAUUUUUCUCCUGGUAAUAUUGGAGGAAAAUUUUCUUCAAUGAAUUCACAUGCAGCCACCAAAGCUCUUGAUGAAUCUCCAAGAGUUGCAGCUGGUAGUGGUGGACAAAACCGAGUUCGUCCACUUAAUGAGAACACAAUAGCUAUGCCUGCAGGUGUUAACAAGGAUCCCAAGUUCUCAAACUUCAAUGUAAUAGGCAACUCUGGACAGAAAUGGGAUUAUACCUUUAAUUCAAAUGUCAUUUCAAGUACUUCAUCAAAUUCUUUGUUGCCCAAUCUUCGGAUUACUGAUGCAGCUACUCAGUGUCAGACACCAGGAAGUGUCUUUUCCAACAAAAGGUUGGAUGUUGAUGCAAUAGGCCAAGUACAUUUUGGUCCUCCGCUGGUCACACAGAAUUGCAUCAUUGAUAAGUCAACUGGUGAUAGUCAGCUGAACUUUAGGAGUGAAUAUGCACUGGAGACGGCGAGUCUGCCGAGUGGUCUAAAUUCUGACGGUUGCAGUUUCGAUGAUCUUGUGAAUGCUAUGAUUAAGACAGAGCAUGAGGAGGUUGCUUUCACCGACAUGGACUUGGGGUGUGAUGCCUACUCUUUAGGCACUUGCAUGUGAAAAUUUGGGCAAACUGGCUUCAUCGGUCGGACUCAAAAUUAGCAUUAUAAUGCUUUACGCCCUCGACCUUGUUUGUUUUUGCUAGAAUGAUGAACAAGAGUGUAGACUAGGAAUGGUGGAAUGGGUGAUUUAUCAUGUAGAAUUUUGCACUAUACAAAGCUUUAUUCUGGCUUUGGCUUCA